AAUGAGCAGCCAGAAGAUCGGGAUCGUGGGCAGUGGACUGAUAGGAAGAGCUUGGGCGAUGCUCUUCGCAGCGGCUGGCUAUCGAGUCCAGUUGUACGACAUCCUGGAAAGCCAGCUAUCCACUGCUUUGCAGGAAUUGGACAAGGAUCUGCACAGUCUGGAGGAGAAGGGUUCGCUGAGGGGGAAGUUGCGUGCCUCGGAGCAGUUCGCUCUCAUUGAGGUCACCACUCGAUUGGAGGAACUCACCCGAGAGGCUCUGCACAUUCAGGAGUGUGUUCCCGAGGUCCUGCAGCUGAAGAAGUCCCUGUACUCCCAGUUGGAUGAGCUCCUCGAGGAGCAGACAGUGGUGGCCAGUUCCACGAGCACUUUUAUGCCUUCGCUUUACAGCGAGGGAUUGAAAAAGAAGCAACAGAUGCUGGUGGCUCAUCCUCUCAAUCCCCCAUACUUCAUCCCCCUUGUGGAGAUUGUUCCAGCUCCCUGGACAUCCCCUCAAGCUGUGGAGCAAACCCACAAACUGAUGCUGAGCUUGGGCCAGCGACCAGUGACUCUGAAGAGGGAAAUCCAGGGAUUCGCCACCAACCGGAUACAGUAUGCCAUUCUGAACGAAGUGUGGCGAUUGGUGGCUUCCGGCAUCCUCAGCGUGGCGGAUGUGGAUCGAGUACUGAGUCAGGGAUUGGGAUUGCGAUAUGCUCUUCUCGGAUCCCUGGAGACAGCCCAUCUAAAUGCUCCCGGUGGAGUGGCGGAUUACUUCCAGCGAUUCGGAGGGGAGAUCUCCGCCGUAAGUGCCACCUAUGGAGAAACCCCAAACACUCGUGAGGAUCGGGAAACUCUGGCGGAGAUUGCCAGGCAGUGUGAGCAGCUGGUUCCGCUGGAAAGUCUCGACGAGAGACGCGCCACCCGCGAUGAAUUCCUCACCCAGUUGGCCAAGCUAAAGAAGCAGUUUGAAUAGGAAAUUAAUGGCGGGGUUUCCGAUGUUCCCUGAAUAAACCGAGAACUGAGAAUCAACUAAA